AUGAGCUUACAGCCUUCUCUCAGAUACUUGCCUGAUAAAAUAAUGAGUUCUUCUAUCCUAAUUUGGGGUGGUGUCGGACUACUGUCAGUCAUAUGCUUAAUACAAUACAUGCGCAGCAGAGCCAAGAGGACAGCAUUCCCUAUUAUUGACCCGAGAGACGAAAAGGAUUAUCGAUGCAUCAUUAUGGAUGGAGUUGCAAAAUAUCCAGAUACACCCUUUUACAUUCUUGGCUCCAUAAAAACGCUGAUGCUUCCCAAAUCAUACAUCGAUGAGAUUAGGUCAAUGCCCGAAGAUAAGAUGACCCUCAGGAAGUUUGUUCGCCAAGAAUUUCACGUUGAGCUUACAGGCAUUGGAGAUCCUUCUAAGCCUACUGUGAAAGUCGUCAAUACUGACUUAACACGUCAUGUAGCUACCGCGCUGCCUCAGAUACAAGAGGAGAUAAUCUACAGUUUCGAUCAUGCAUUUGGUUCCUGCGAAGACUGGUCCUCAUUCCCAACUUACUUCACUCUGGGAAAAAUUGUCGCCAUAAUAAGCGGUAGAAUCCUCGUUGGUCUCCCAUUGAGCCGCAAUGAGGAAUGGAUAGAUAAUAAUAUCGCAUACGCAAUGAGCGUUGUAAAGCUGAAAGCUGCCUUCUCAAAGUGGCCUGAAUGGUCAUGGGAUAUUGUCAGGUAUUUCAUUAAAGAAGUCAGGGAACAUUCAAAAUUGUGCGCCCGUGCAUCGAAGAACAUGAAACCACUACUUGAUAUGAAAAUAGAUGCGAGCGGCAUGGACGUAGAUACGAAUGAGAACACAGCAGAACAAGGAAAAUUCGUAACCUGGCUAAGAUCACGCUUAGACGCGGGCAGGAGGAAUAACCGUGAAAUUUUUACCGAACAGCAGUUGGCAUUAUCUUUUGCUUCAAUCCACGUCACAACAACUCUUAUAACACAGGCAAUGUACGAUCUCGCUGCGUACCCCGAGUACGUUCCCAUACUAUUAGAAGAGAUAAGGUCGAUCAUGAGAGAAGAUCCUUCUGGCACUAUCCAAAAAUCGAGCCUACCCAAACUCACGAAAUUGGAUUCCUUUAUCAAAGAGUCACAGCGUGUCUCUCCUUUUUCGCUAGUAAGUCAUAUAAGAGACACAGCUUCAGAUAUAAAAUUAUCAACGGGCCAAGUCAUCCCAAAAGAUACUCGUAUUUCUGUUCCGUCUUGGGCUAUACAUCAUAGUUCCCCUUCUCUACACUUGCCGGGCUACACUAAGUCCCUUAGUGAGUUUGAUGGGCUACGAUUUCAUAAUUUACGUCAUGUACCAGGCAAUGAAAAUCGGUAUCAAUUUGUCACUACCUCUACCGAUAGUUUAUCUUUUGGUCAUGGGAUGCACUCUUGCCCAGGCCGAUUUUUCGCGAAUAACAUCAUUAAACUUACCAUAAUCCACCUAUUGAUGGACUGGGAAAUACGAUUCCCAGACGAUCUAAAGAGGGAGGGAGGAGCAUGGCGAAGACCAAAGAACCAGUUCCGAGAAUUCGACUAUGUACUUGACAUGAACGCUCACUUGGAAAUUCGAAAAAGGAAAAUUUAG